CUAGAAUGGGGCGGGGCGGGGCAGGGCGAGUCGGAAGUAGAUACUCAUGCCCCGCCCCACGCUACUGCGGGUCGGGUAAUACCCGCCCCAUCGCGGAUCAUGUCGGGUAAUACUCGCGGGCGGGUUGAAAUUGCCAUCACUAUAUGACAUACCAAAACCAAUCAGUAAUUUAAUCGUCUUUCUUCAACAUAAACUGUGGUUUUCAGCCCAAUCCGAAACGGAAUGACAAUGGGCUACGCGGGACAGGAUGUGCAAGUCCUGCCUAUCAGCCCAGUCUAGAACAAAGACUGUGUCUGUGAAGUGAUGUCUUCGUCUAGAAAUGACAGCGUUCAAUGUCGAGCCGGUAAACUUUUGGCCUUCUGGUGGGCGGCAAACAUCAGUCGUGGUAAAACUUCAAGUUGGAGCCUGGAAGAAGGCGACGACCGAUCGACGCGCAACCAAUUCUGGUUACAAGUUCCAGAAAUCCCCCUGUCUAAUCUGAAUGGGAAGGCCAUCAUGGAGUUGUACAGUUCAGUCCCUCUGCGAGAUUCAGAAGCUUGCAACAUCUAGUUGGGGAAGGACCUGGUUCUGAAACUAUGGGUUGUCCUCGUAAGUAACAGCGCUGAAGGUAUGCCCUUUCCUUCUUGCGUUUACCAUAAAGUAAUAGUGGGUUCUUUUGGCUUUACGACUUGGGAAGUACUGGAGAGUUGGGCAUUCUGGUUCUUCUGCUGCAUUUAGUUUGUUAAUUAGACUUGCUUUUUAGCAGUUCCUUUUUCAUGUUUGAACUAUCCUUAUUAAGAUUUACUAGGAGGGAGGGAGCAUAGAGUCAUAGAAGCCUUCUUCCUUUUCACAAUGUACCACAUCACUUGUCUUCAGUAGGAACCUAGCAUUUAUAAUGCGAUGUGAAACUAACACUACUGUCCCUUCGGGGACAUCCGAUAAAAUUGGAACGAUACAGAGGAGAUUAGCAUGGCCCCUGCGCAAGGAUGACGAUGACACGCAUAAAUCGAGAAAUGGUCCAAAAUUUUUUUUUUUGCAUCCUCCCGAUCUUUGGCCUUUACAUUGUUUUUUUGUGUGCUUGUUAUGGACAUUUGAAGUUAUGCUCUGAAUUUUUGCCAAAAUCAAACUUCUAGACCUCUGUUGGAUUCAGCUAUUCAAUAAAUCUAAUCACCUGUGGAGCUAACAACUGGAGUGUAAGCAUUGUAACAGAAGUGGUUCUUUGUUUUUUUUUUCUUAAUUAAUAAAAUUAUUUCACCUUUGCAAAAAAUAAAAUGGAGUUCAUUUUCAAUGACUGAAACUACUUGGUUCAGUAAAUUAGAUUUGAAGCUAGCAUAUGGUUUCCCUUUGUAGUGUUCUUUUUUCUUUCACCAUGUUCAUCCAAACCAGGAGAUAAAACAUUAGUUGUAGUCUCAUAAUCUACUGAGCAGUUCAGUAAUACUGUUCAUAUGUAGAGCUCAAAAAUGUCGAGGGUUCUGAACUAUCUGCUGAGGCUAUAUCAGUCUGUUAGCCAAGUCUACACAUGUGCAACUAGUGUGUUUCCCUAUUGAAAUCUUACAAGUAACAAUACAAAGCAGGGGGAUUCUGGAGUGUAGAUCAUGUUCUGUCUCUCAAUGACUUAGGCUCCUUUAAAUGUUGGGCUAAUUUAUGGAGGUUUUCAGAUUCCAUAACUAGCUCAUGUUCAUUAAUUUGUCAACCCGGUUUCGCUUAUCAUGUUUGCAUGAUUCUUAGAGUCGAGAGCUGUCUACAUGUGGAUCACUACUUUUGUCAAUUAUUAAGUUCCUACCCUUCUACUACGUUCAGUUAAUCCAAUAGCUCUGUUAAAUUUCACGACUGGAAAACGGAUGAAAGCAGUUGGUUCAGUAAUUAAAGAAGAAGCCAUUCUCGAUUUUUUUGCCAGCUUGAUAGAGAGCAGAGAGAAAAGAUGGGAAGGUGGUGACAUUGAUUCAAUUGCUUGCUUACUUGUGCUUAUGCUACACACGUCCCUUAGAAAGCGUUUUCAUUUUUAUUCAUUUUUAAAAGGAUUCGAAAGAGACAUUCAUCAACAAUUGCUUCAUAUCCCAGUUCAUUUUAAACUAGUCUUCAGUUCUUGCUGCGUAUAAAACCCAUGGCUUGAGUCUUUGGCCGUACGCGAGGGUGCCAAAAUAUGUUUCUACAUUGCAGUGUCUUUACUCUUUACACAUGUGUUAGACUUUUGAUUUAUCUGGCUGUCGAUUUAUGAUCUCCUUUUGUUCACAGUCAGAAGCUUCAAAAUCCAGUUGGGGAAGUACCUUGGUCUGAACAUAUGACGUUUAUCAUCUUAAGUAACACACUAAAGGUAUAUAUGCCCUUUCCUUUUGGGAUACCCUAAAGUAAAUGACUUUGUAUUUUGACUUUACAACAUGGGAGUACCGGAGAGUUGGGCAUGCCAAAGUAAACUGGAGGUACUAUC